AUGAAGUUCUUGUGGGCUGUGCUGCUCACCACGCUCUGCGUUGCCGCCUCCCUGGCGCACUGCAUCUACACCAAGCUGAAGAAGGCUCGUCGUCGGAGCGAGGAUGCACGUCCGAAUGGCCUCUGCGUAAUUUCCAACCCAGAGAAUGCCAAGAUCGUCGCCGUUCAUGGCCUCGGUACACACCCCGAACGAACAUGGGAAGCGUUGCCCCCUCGAUCUAAAGAUUCUACCGAAAAGACACAACCUGUACACCUGUUGAGACAUUUCUUGAAGGAGGAUUUCCCUGAAGCGAGAAUUCUAUUGCACGCACAUAAUUCCGACUGGAUGAUCAACGCACCCAUCAAGACUGCGCGACAGAUUGGCGAGCAGCUGGUUGCCGAGCUUACGGAACAUCUUUCAAAGCACUUGUGCUUGCCCAUUGUGUUCAUCGGCCACAGCUUCGGAGGUAUCAUCAUCAAAGAGGCUCUAUGCGCACACGGGGAGAGGUCAUCCGAUAUAAUUGACAACACCCAUGCCAUCAUAUUCCUUGGAACUCCCCACCUAGGAUCGCCGCUAUCAGUCAUCGGUGCCACCGUGACGGCUAUGACCAGCGUGCUGGGUUCCAGUAACACACUUCUUCUCAUGCUGGGGCAUAGAAACGAUCAACUUUUGGAUCUGGAGAGACGGUUCAACAGCUUGAUCAAACUUAAAGAUGCCCGGCGGGGCAAAACCGAGCUGCUGGCUUUUAGCGAGGCCAAGCCUUUGACACUUGGCUGGCUCUCCUUUGGGUUGUAA